AUGGGCAUCCGCGACUUGAUUAAGAAGAAAGACCGGCUGGGCGACGGCGACGGGGCCUACUCCGAGACGCUGGACAGGCUCGCCGGACCGGAAUUCACCUUCAUUCGAUCGGACACGAACACGCAGGAGAUCAUAUACCCCCCGAGCCACCCGCCGACGAGCCACGGCGAGCAAUUCUUGAACGCGAACGCGCGCGACUCGACGUCCAAGGUGCGCCGCAGCCUCGACGUCUUCAAGCCACGAUCGCGGGGCAACAGCACAUCGUCGGUCCAGGGGGGCGACGCGGCCAAGAAAGAGAAGGAGAUGCGCCGCAGCCUGUCGCAUCGCCUGCACCUGUCGCGCAACCACCAGGCCACUUCCGAAUACGUGCCCGAGAACUUGCCCCAGAUCAGCGUCACGACCGACGGCCAGGUCGACAAGGACACGCAGGAGAGGGAGUGGGAGAAGAGGGCUACGAUACUGGCGAGCGCCAGCGCCAGCAAGGGCAGAUCGCCCAGCGCGUCGCCGUCGGCCUCGCCGGCCACUGAACUGCCCGCGCUGAACUUCUCCAACGGGCCUACGCCGCCGAGAAGACCCGAGGGCGUCGUCUCGACCAAGAAGAUCGACGACGACAUACAGGAGGCUAUCCGAUUGCACGAGGAUGGGAACCUCGACCAGUCUACGCGGUUAUUUGGGCGGCUGGCCGAUCCGCGGGGGGCAAACAACCCCCUUUCCCAGGUGUUAUACGGUCUUGCGCUGAGGCAUGGCUGGGGCUGUGAACCAGAUCCCGAGCGCGCUGUUACGUAUCUGUCGGCCGCAGCCUCGAACGCUGCGCUAGUCGAGACCAUGGCGCUGAAGGCAGGACUCAAAAAGGGGGGUGCUGCAAAGGGCGAGCUCGUACUCGCCAUCUUCGAACUGGCGAAUUGCUUCCGCCACGGCUGGGGCAUCCCUCGAGAUCCAGUCGCCGCAAAGCAGUAUUACGAGACUGCAGCAAAUCUUGGGGACAGCGAUGCCAUGAAUGAAGUCGCCUGGUGUUAUCUCGAAGGCUUCGGAUGUAAGAAAGACAAGUUUGCAUCAGCGCGAUAUUACCGGUUGGCUGAGCAGAACGGCAAUAAAACGCUGGGGAACACUUGGUGA